AGCUGGCGCAGCGCCAGUGGGCGAUGGAGAGAGCGGCCAUCAUCUGUCGCUGGACGUGGCUGCAAGCUCAGGUGUUGGACCUGGAGUAUCGGAUAAGGCAGCAGACCGAUGUUUACAAGCAGCUCCGUGCCAACAAGGGCCCGGUUAUCCUGGGCAGCCUCCAGCAGGAAGAUGGGCUCAAGCCGCCGAGCCGCCUGGCCUCCCCUGCAGGGGGGAUGAACUCCAGGAAAAGCCCAGCCCUGCCUCCCUCCUCCCCCCACCUGAAGGUGCCCGCUGGACCAUCACCUUGCAUCCCUUCUUAUCUCCUCCAAAAUGCAGAAAAACAGAAUUCUCACCUCACCCAGUCCUUAAGGAACCUGGUCUGUCAAAAUCACUCCUGCGCUCGCAUCAAUGGGUCUCCGGAGCCCCCCAAAGCCUGCCCGUCUCCCGAUCAAGUCAAUGGAAUCAGCAACUGCUUGAGCACCUGUGCCACCAGCGGCAGCUCUGCUGAAGGCCCGGCCGCUGAGUGGCACCUCACGAAACCCCCGCUGGUGAACCACAGCCUGCCCGGCGUGGCCUCGGCUCUGGACAACAGCUGUGUGGCAGCCCGGAUCCGUCCCAUCUGCAGGUACAAGAAGCGCCGGCUGGUGAGACUCAGCUCCAUCACUCACCUGAACCGAAAGCCGCCGAAGCCGCUCAGCCUGAAGUGUACCUGCGAGCAGCCCAACUCCUGCAUUUUGUGCAACUUCAAGGCCUCACUGCCUACCCUCGACCCAGAGGCCAUGUCCUUGGAGGAACGCAUCGCGCUGCUGGACUCUGGCUUCCACCCCAUCCUCUCCUUCCCGCAUG